CCGCAUCACGUUCUCUUUCCUCUUCGAUGCUUCCUCGCUCUUCCAUCCGUUUCUUCGGAACCUGAAGAGUAAGAAAUCGAGUUUUUCCGAUUGUUUAUCGAAAGUCGACUUGAAUUAUUGGGAUUCGAGCAGAGAGGGAAGCAGAGAUCAAUGGCGCAGCCUCUACAGCCGUGUCCGCCGAACUCGUUUCGUUUUAAUUCGACACUCUGCGCCUGCAACCCGGGUUAUGUUUUCAGUGCUACGAGCAACAGCUGCAGCUUGUAUCAGGUCGGGGAUGGUGCAUGGAUGAUGAGUUCAGGGGUGGAUUACUCUUUGACGUUCCCGGAGACGAUCUUCUCGUUUGAUUCGAUCAAGAAGUUCACACAGUCGCAGGCGGUGUUCCUGGAGGCUACGCUUGUGAUGCUUUUGUCUUGGCUUUUGUUUUGCUUCUUUGUUAGGUUUGCGGAGCUCGGUGAUGGGAGGAGCAUCUGGUUUCGGAUCAGGUGGUGGAUUAGUCGGUUGGAUUUCUGUUUUGCCACGAGACAUUGGCUGGAUGACCGUAAGGUUGUGAUGAAACGACAAACAGAGCUUGGUGGAACUUUUUCUGUAGCAAGUUGGAUACUUUUUGUUGGCUUAUUUGCUGCGUUGCUUUACCAGAUUAUUUCCAAAAGAUCUGUUGAGGUGCAUAAUGUUAAGGCAACAAAUGCACCCGAUUUACUCUCCAUUAAUAAUGACAUGGAAUUUAAUAUAACUACCAUUUCUAGUAUGAGCUGCUCUCACUUGCGUGGCCUUGGUACACUAAUAUCAGGGAAUCCAGGCUCCAUUGACUUUAAAGUUUCUCCUUUGUCAAUCUUUGCAAACUAUUCAUGCCACAACACUAGCCAAGGACCAACCAUAAAUCUCAAGUGCAACAGUUGCCAGAUCAUUCCUGAUAACAUAUACAUUUCAUGGCAGUUUGUUGAUCUUCCAAAUGACCCUGCCACUGCAGUGGGUUUUCAAUUUAAUCUUACAGCAAAGGGCCAUGGUGAUAACAAACAUGUGAGUUUUGUCAGUGGCAUACUGAAGAAUGGAAGCAACAUAGAUUAUAGGCCAGUUACAUUCCGAGGGGCAGAUGUAAAUAUCUUGAAGUUCCAUUUAUUUCCCCGAGUGUAUCAUAAUAUACAUGAUUUGAAGCUCCUCCAGCCUCUAUUUCAUGAAUUUCUCCCUGGUUCAAAUUUUUUUGAGAAAAGUCAGCUUGAAGCCUCUCUACAAAGUUCUGAAAAUGGAUUAAUCAAUACCACGCUAUAUGUCAAUUUUCUUUCCUCUUACAUCAUUGAGAUUGACAAUCAAAAUAUUCUUGGGCCUGUGAGCUUCCUUGCUGAUCUUGGUGGUCUCUAUGCAAUUAGUAUUUCCAUCUUUUUCUAUUUCUUGGUGCAAUGUGAGUACAGGAUCAAGAGGCUCCGUAAUGAAGAUGGUGUAAUGCAAGCGAUUCGAAGUAGGAGGAGAGCUGAACGACAUUGGGAUAAGUUGCGGAAGUAUGUAAUGUAUACAUAUGGUUGUAACACAUUAGAAGAUAAGUUCAGUAGCACCAGAAGGAACCCGAUUUGUAGCUGCUUGAUGAUUGAAUCUUCUCAUGGAAAUGGAUCUUCACACAAAACAAAGCAGCAAUUUAGAUUGGACUCAAUUCAUCUUAGCAGAAAUUCUAAGUUACCCAUUCAGACAAGUCUAUUCCCUGAAAGCACCCAAACACAUAAGGUAAAGUCAUGUCUAGCAGGGACUACUGAAAAUGUGGAAGGGAGGUCACAUUCAGGGUGUAGAAAAGAUGCUCCACCUCCUUCAACUAAGAAGGAUCUUCUCAUCUUCUCUCGCAAGCGGUUACGUGCUCCAGUCCCUGCGCCUACGACUCUCCUUCCUCUCGGUUCAAAUCAUCUUACCACUGCUCAUGUACUAGAGCACCAACUGCUUCCUAAUAAUGGAAAUGGGGAGAUUUUGGUUGGUCCUCAUGAAGGAAAUGUUUCUCAUCUUCAGCUAUCCCCUCAUAAUGAUAGUAUGCUUCCACCACCUCCCGUACUAGAUUUUAGAACUGGUUCUGGAAUUGAUAUGUCAGAUAUCCUGAGGUAUCUCCAAAAUCUGUAUGAAUAUAAUGUCUUGCUGAGGGAAAAGUUUGUAGUAGCUCAGUCCAUGCUUGAAGCUUUAACAACAAAAGCUUCAAGUCCAGAGAGAAAAGGUCAAACACAGCAUUGAUAUGUUCAAAGUUCAAACAAAUGACAUCCUCGCAUAUGGCAGAGUGGCUUCCCUCUUCUGUCAGUGCCCCCUAAAUUAUGGAUUUUCUAGUGAUAAUAUCUCGUUACAGCCUUACAGGUGGAGGUGGUUCCUUCUAUGUACUUCGCAUGGAUUAUAACACUACAUCAUUUUUCCAUAACACUAACAUUAUUUGAACCUUGCCUUUUUUUUUUUUUUUCUUUUUUUUUCUGGGAGCCCACUCACCAAGAAGAGGAUGUAGAAUCCAUUGAUUCAGGCAUGAUAAGUGUGGCCUAUUAUAUCUGAAUGGAGGUCUUUAGCCAUGCCAAGCAAGAACUUUUACUGUCCAUUUCAUGUUUAUUGUUUAGUUGUGGUUUUAAAAUGAGCUUUGUAGGAAAGAUUCCACUUUCACAAAUGUGAGGUGACUUGGGUUGAUUUGUUGUAACUUGUAAAUUCUGUAGGAAAGUGGGGACAAUCAUUAAAGAUCCAAGAUCCAUUCCAUGCCCGAGUUUAAUGUAAAAACUUUCCAAGCUCUACAUUUGUACCAUAUGCAAUAUCUCUUUUUA